GUGUUUGGGGGAAGGGGAGUCGCUCACACACGUUACGAGCAUUGGAUUUGACCAAGCAAAGCAGGGCUGGUGUAAGCCGUCACCAACCAAAACACGGGAUAGACGGGAUACACGCAGAUUGCACCUUUGAUUGGUUAUUGGAGAAGCUUGGAGAAAAUAUCCCAUUUUGUGGAAGUCCGGGGGCGGGGCAUACCAAAAAGUAAUGGCCAUCUAUUUAGGGUCUGGCCAGGGGGUUUCUCAUAGCUAUUCUAUAGAAUUCGCCGUUUGUAGAGCGAACAAGGUAAAUAUCGUAACCAUUAUUACUAGCCGUAUUCGUUAAUUGCAGUCGCGUUCGGUCUGAAUAUAGUUGAUAUAUCGCCUGAACUUGAUACACCAAUUUAGGGUUAACCAGCCAUCUAGCCACGCUAGCUAUCAGUAUCAGCUCGCCAGCCAACAUUUAGAACCUUCCUUGGGCGUGAUAGUUUUGACGUUUCGAGUCGAUCACAUGCGGAUAUUUGUAUAACGCAGUUAUUACACAGUAUCUCAUACCACAAGUCAACAUGGAAAUGAAUUUAUUUUCAAGAGAUUGACGACGACAAACGGAUUAAGGGAAACUUGGUCUUGGAAAAAGUUGUACGCAGGAUUUAAGAUAUCUUUAUGGUUAAGAAGAGAGUUGCCAAGUCUUUAUCUCCCAUCUACAAAAAAGGGCAUGCCAAAAUCUCAGUAAUGGAGACUACGGCUGUGAGUACCACCACUCUGGCCAAUGAUGAGUUUGACAGGAACAUGCCACGGAUCUGCGGUGUGUGCGGGGACAAGGCCUCCGGAUUCCACUUCAAUGCCAUGACCUGCGAGGGCUGCAAGGGCUUCUUCAGACGCAGUAUGAAGCGCAAGGCCAGCUUCACCUGUCCCUUCAACGGCAGUUGCACCAUAACCAAGGACAACCGCCGCCACUGCCAGGCCUGCCGGCUCAAGCGCUGCGUGGACAUCGGCAUGAUGAAAGAGUUUAUUCUGACAGACGAGGAGGUGCAGAGGAAGAAGGAUCUGAUCCAACGGAGGAAGGAUGAGGAGGCGCAGAGGGAGGCGCAGCGACCCCGGCUGAGCGAGGAGCAGAGCCAGGUCAUCGCCACGCUGGUGGAGGCUCACCACAAGACCUACGACGACUCCUACUCCGACUUCAACCGCUUCAGGCCUCCGGUCCGAGAAGGCCCAGUGACACGCAGUGCCAGCAGAGCUGCCUCUCUCCACUCUCUAUCUGAUGCCUCAUCUGACUCCUUCAGCCACUCUCCAGAGUCGGUGGACACUAAGCUGAUGAACUUCAGUAACCUGCUGAUGAUGUACCAGGAGCAGGGGGGCAGCCCGGACUCCGACGACGACGGCUCCAAGCUCUCCAUGCUGCCCCACCUGGCCGACCUGGUCAGCUACAGCAUCCAAAAGGUCAUCGGCUUCGCCAAGAUGAUCCCUGGCUUCAGGGAGCUGACGGCUGAGGACCAGAUUGCCCUGCUCAAAUCGAGUGCCAUCGAGGUGAUAAUGCUGCGCUCCAACCAGUCCUUCAACCUGGAGGACAUGUCCUGGAGCUGCGGAGGGCCCGACUUCAAGUAUUGCGUCAACGACGUCACUAAAGCGGGCCACACUCUGGAGCUGCUGGAGCCUCUGGUCAAAUUCCAGGUGGGCCUGAAAAAACUCAACCUCCACGAGGAGGAACACGUGCUGCUCAUGGCCAUCUGCCUACUCUCCCCAGACCGUCCGGGCGUGCAGGAUCACGGGCGCAUCGAGACCCUGCAGGACCGUUUGUCGGAGACGCUGCAGGCCUACAUCCAGCUGCACCACCCUGGCGGCCGCCUCGUGUAUGCCAAAAUGAUCCAGAAGCUGGCGGACCUGCGCAGCCUGAACGAAGAGCACUCCAAGCAGUACCGCUCGCUGUCCUUCCAGCCCGAGCACAGCAUGCAGCUGACCCCGCUGGUGCUGGAGGUGUUCGGCAGCGAGUUCACUCGCAUAUCGCACGUCUGACAACUGGGUAGCUGUAUGUAAGAAAUACCUCCACCUGGUUUCCGCCAUAUUCGGCUUUCAUUGAAGGACAGAAGGGAGGGAGCAACAUCCUGGAAUGAAACGCAGCCAGAGACUUAACUGUGACCUCUGUAUAGAGAGGUCAUGAGUCAUAUGGUUUCGGUCAGAGAGUUGGAGUGUCUGCUCCUCUUGGCACAGUUGGAAUGGUCUUUGCCCUCACUAGAUGUCUCUCACUCUGUCCCCUUUCCCCAAUCCAUCUCUUCUCUCUCUCCUUCCCUCCUUCUCUCAGCUCAUUUUCUCCACUCUUAUGCACCAACCCACCUUUUUAGAGUAGACUAUUCCAUAUAGAUCUUCAGAUUUUCAGGAAAGGGCAAAAGUUCUGAGAGGACAACCCUCAGUAUCCAUUUAAUGCUGCUUUUAUCAAGAACAUCACAGAUUGAUGGGAAUGUUGUUAUUCUUACUACCAUUGGCACGGUUGAGUAUCACCCAGCAGAAAUAUGCUAACCAGGACAUAGGAGGCCACAGUGUCGUGUUGUGUAGUUUUUGUAAAGCUGAGUAGUUUAGGUUGGUCUGAAGCUAGGACAAGCUGGUUCUAGAAAAGCACACAUGGGGCAAGUUCCUAUUUGAACAAUGUGGACUUGAGGAAGUAGAUGCCCAUUUAUAAACUUUGAUUAAACCGCUUUAAUUGAUCAGUGUAAUAUUAAUCGCCAGCUACCAUAGCCGCGGGAAGUAGGGGUGCUGCAGCACCCCCUGAAAAAUCGUAAUUACAUUAUGAAAACAUUUUUUUAUUUUUUAUUUUUUUAACAAAGGUAGGCCUUUACAAGUCCUGUAUUAGUGGACCUAUAUAGCCGUCUGUAGCGCGGGCAAACAAAAACAAUUCUGCCCUGCCCGACAUUGCUCAGUUAGUACCAAUUAAAGAUGUUGAGUAACUGC